GUAACUUGAUGAAUUGAUAAUUUAGCGAAUUAUCGCAUUUAAAAAAAACACUUUGAAGCCCAGAUUAUUGAUUUGAGUCCUUGCAAUCGUAAAACAGUGACAAAGUUGUAAUUAAAGGCGUCGUAAUUUAAUAAUUGGGGCCGCAAGGCCGGGCGUUUGGGCGUAGCUUUAGCCACAACUUGUCGACGUCAGUGGCAUGUAAUGUUGGUUGUCUAGUUGUGUUGGUAAAUCGAAGUGUUAAAUAUGUUUAAUUAGAAUAUUAUUACAAAUUCUAUUGAUCGGGAACAAUUUAAACAGUUUAAAAUGUGAUUUUGGUCAUAAUUCUAAACUUACAAUGAGUGAUAAGUCUCCGGAGACCUCACUCAUGUCAGAAGGUGGCCCCAAUGUGGGCCCUCAAGGGGGUCCAAAUGAAGCUAAAGACCCACCGGACGCUGUUGACAUCAACGAGAAUCAAUCAAUCGAAAUCACAAACAAGGUAUUAGAACAGGCUGAAGAAAUCGCACAGCUGACCCAGAAAUUGUCUCUCGUGGAGUCCAAACUAGACCUAGCAAGCAAGCAGAAAGAAUUGGCCCAGAAGGAGAAGGAAGCAAUGGUGAUCAAGUAUGCCGUUAGUGAGAAGAACUUGCUUGAUAUGAAGCACCAGAAGGAGCAAAUCGAGAAAAAAUACAAAGAGCAAGUCAACGAGAAUGAAAUAAUCCAGCACAAGGUCCAAGUGAUGGGCUCAGAGAAGUCCCGAAUUUGCCAAAUGCUCGAUAACAAGUGUUACGAGUUCAGGGGCUGCCAACAGGAGCUGGAGCAAGCCAAGGCCGACUUGAGCGCCCUGGAGACGAAGCUCAAGUGGUCCCAAAACAGCCUCAAGACGGAGGUCCAGCUCCACAAAGAAACCCAGAGCCGUCUUGACGAAAUGACAAAAAAAUGCCAGGACGCCUCCGAUCAGAUAGAACAGGCGAAAAAAGACGCGCAAGAAUCGAUCAAAUCGUUUCACAGCUCCCAGGACAACCGAGCUCACGUCCUUGACCAACAACUGAAGGAGCUCCAAGCUGCUCUGAUCCUCCUCAAGCACGAGAAAGAAGACAAGGAGCAACAAAUCAAAUCCCUCCACUCCCAGCUGGAGAAGCUCCAAACGAAGCAGAAAGACAUGCUGCAGGAGAACAACGCUCUCUCCCUCAAAGUGCAGCACUUGGAGCGCGAUCGCCUGGAAAGCGAGCAGAAACUGAGCGAUUUCAAGGCCUGUGCCGACCAGCAGCGCCAAGACUGCGCCGACUUACAAGCAAAAACGGCCCUCUUAGACCAAUUAAAACUACAGUUAAAGAACGAACAAGAGCAGAAUAAAGCUUGUAACGAGCAAAUCAGUCUUUUAAAGCAGCGCAACGCCGAGCUCGAGGCCGAUAUCCUGGCUUGUAGAGAGCGCGAGGCUGAACUGUUGCUCUUCACGCAACAGUUGACCGAGAAGAAUGUGCGAUUACAGUCGGAGUUUACGGCGCUGGAGACCAAAGUCCAGCAGUUGAGUUGCGAGCAAACGAUACUCAAGCGCUCGCUGAAGGAGCAAGAGACGAAAAAUGCGGUGGUUUCGGCGCAAAUGACCGCAGAAAGGGCCAAAUUGAGUGCGGAAGUGGAGGGGUUGAGGGUGGAGUUGGACGAGAGUCGGGGUUUGUGCGAGAGGUUGAAGCAGGAGGUGGGGGAUCAUAAGGGCGAAAAUAAGUUGCUGAAGCGGAAGUGCGAGUUGUCGCUGAAGGAGGUGCAGAAGGAGUUGCAACAGUGUCGGAAAAGGCUGGAACAGUACGAGGUGGAGAACCAGAGUAGUAGUAGCUCGAAUUCGUCGCUUAGUGUGGGGUCGCCGGCCAACGAGCAAGUUAAGGUUAUCCAACUUGACCCCGGCCUGGACCGGCAAACCCUCAUCGAGCACAUAGUCAAACUGCAACGAAUCAGUGCGCGAAAAUCGGAAAAGCUCGAUUUUUUGGAAGAACACGUCAACACUCUAGUUUUAGAAUUGCAAAAAAAAUCGCGUCUUUUACAAAGUUACAUUCUAAGAGACCAGUCAGGGACUCUAACUUCUAACACUAUGGAUAACAAUAAAGCGAACAUCGCCAAAUUGAACGGUGUUAUGGCAUCGGUGUAUAGCUCGCGUGUAGCUGAUGAUAAACUCACGCUGGAGUUGUCGCUCGACAUCAAUCGGAAGCUACAAGCUGUACUCGAGGAUGCCUUGCUUAAAAAUAUUACUUUGAAGGACAAUGUGGACACGUUGGGGCAGGAAAUCGACCGCUUAAAUAAAUUGUUGAAGACGUAAUGCGGUCGCACCUUGUACAUAAAUCAAGUAUUAAAUUUAUUAAAUAUUUAUUGUAUGUUCAAAAAAUAUAACUCAUAAGCGCAGUCA